GGAUGAAACUGGUUGAUGUUGGUUUUCCUAAAUAUUAAUAUAGAAUUUUAUUGUGCCGAUUCCAAAUUAUUACUAUAAAUAUGGAGUUUAUUAAAUUAUCUUUUCUACCACUAUUACUGUUAAUAAACUUGACCUCAGCUUUAUAUUUCCAUAUAGCAGAAGGCGAAAGAAAAUGUUUUAUCGAAGAAAUACCGGAUGACACGACUGUUAUUGUAAAUUAUAAGGUGCAGUUGUACGAUCCGCGGUCGGGCGGGUUCAUGCCAUCCACCCCUGGUAUAGGCAUGCACGUAGAAGUUCGUGACCCAAAUGAUCGUAUUGUGUUGUCGCGGGUGUAUUCUUCUGAAGGGAUGAUCUCAUUCACCUCCACUAUUCCCGGUGAACAUGUUGUUUGCAUGUACUCCAAUAGCACAUCUUGGUUUAGUGGUUCACAACUAAGAGUACAUUUGGACAUUCAAGUUGGGGAGCAUGCUGUAGAUUAUGCCAAUGUAGCACAGAAAGAUAAACUGACAGAGCUGCAGUUGAGGAUCAGGCAGCUGGUGGACCAGGUGCAUCAGAUCACCAAGGAACAGAGUUACCAAAGGCAUCGUGAGGAGCGCUUCAGGCAGACAUCGGAGAGCACAAACCAGCGUGUACUCUGGUGGAGUUUGCUACAGACUGCUGUGUUAGUUGGCAUCGGCUAUUGGCAGAUGACACAUUUGAAGAGUUUCUUCGAGGCGAAAAAAUUAGUUUAAUAUAUUUAUAAUGUAAGGCUAUUUGUGCUGUAAUUCCUUCUCUCCCUCUUUGUUCUGUAAAUUGUUCUCCUGUUUUUUUUUUUAUUUUCUUAUUUUAUUCUGAGAGUUUGUGUAAAUGAUGUAAUAUUCCUGUUUUUUUUAAAUUAUCCUGUUUCAUUCUGAGAGUUCGUG